CAGGCGGGGUGGGCAAGGGCUCGGAGUUCCGGCUGCGAGCUGGAGACUCCCGGACCCGGCGGCCUCGCCCCGGAGCGGGCCGGCUGGGCUCUCGGCGGAGGACCGAGCACAGGCUUCCUCCUGCCAGGGAAAGCAGAGAGAAUGAAAGCCUAUCUCAAGAGCACAGAAGGCUUCUUUGUCCUAAAUAAAAGCACCACGAUUGGAAAGCAUGAGGAUUCUGACCUGGUUUUGCAGUCUGCAGACAUCGACAACCACCACGCGCUUAUUGAGUACAAUGAGGCCGAGGGCAACUUUAUUCUCCAAGACUUCAAUUCCCGCACCGGCACAUUUGUCAAUGAGUGCCACAUUCAGAAUGUGGCUGUGAAGCUGAUAUCUGGGGACAUCCUGAGGUUUGGGUCUGCUGGGCUGACCUAUGAGCUGGUCAUCGAAAACCCACCCCAGGUCUCGUGCCCAUGGGUGAGGGGCCCAGCACCUUGGCCAAGGCCACAACCCUCUCAGGCCACCCAGGAACCGAACAAGUCAUCCUCGCCUCCACAUUUCCCUUUCCACCAGGGCGUCUGGCCAGCACCCAUGCAGCGGAGCUGGUCCCAGGGGUUCCCCAGGCCCAUGGUGGUCCCACCUGCCUCGCGUCAGGGGCCCAUGAGUGCCAGGGGAAAGAUGUUCUCCUUCAUCAUGGACCACAGGUCCCCCAUCAUCAAGCAAGUGUGGACCAAUACUGUGGACCUGGCAGAACAAUCCAUGCCUGAGGGAAUGCCUGGGGCAGCCUCUGCCUCCGAGAUUUAUGUGGAACAGGACCUGGCCCAGCAGGAAAAGGAUGAAAUAAUCCUGCUGCUGGGGAGAGAAGUCACUCGUCUCUCAGAUUUUGAGCUUGAAUCCAAAUAUAAGGAUGUAGUCAUAGCAAACCUGCAGAACGAAGUGGCCGGGCUGAAUCAGAAGCUGUCAGAGACCACCGCCUCCAGACCGAGGGACAGUGGCAUCCCCAAGAAGUUCCAGGGUCCAGAUGAAGACAGCAACACCAGGCAGAGGGAGAUCCAGAGCUUGAAAAGCCAGAUCAGUGCCCUGCAGAAGGGCUACAGCCACGUGCUGUGCCAGACCCUGUCCAAGUGGAACUCAGAGAUUGCAUCCCUGAAGAGUGAGGGCGAGAACUUGAGGAGGGCCACUGCCAUCACAGCAGAGAAGGUGACAUCUUUACAAAAAGACAUGUUAGCAAGGAAUGCGCAAGUGCGACAGCUAACAGAGGAGGUGAAUCGACUAAAGAAUCAGAACAAAGAAAAAGAAUACCAGCUGGAGGCCCUGGGCUCCAGGUGCUCAGCCCUCAAAGAAGAGUUAAAAAAGGAAGUUGCCCAAAAGGAGCUCAGGGAAGCCCAGGAGAACGAAUUAAAACGCUGCAAAACCCAAAUCCAAGAAAUGGAGAAAGAAAUGAAGAAGCUCAGGGAGGAGCUGAGGAAGAGCUGUUCUGAGCAGAGCGCCAUCUCCAGGACGCUGCAAGAGAAGAGUAAGGUUGAAGAGAAACUUCAGGAGGAUUCCAGGAGGAAAUUGCUCCAGCUGCAAGAGAUGGGAAACAGAGAGAGCCUCAUUAAAGUCAAUUUGGGAAGGGCAGUAGGUCAGCUGGAGCACUUCAGAAGCCAGGUCAUCAAGGCCACCUACGGACAAGUGAAGCCGUCUCCGGACAAGCCCAUCACUGACCAGCAGCUCAUAGAGAGGAUCACCCAGGUCACCGAGGACAACAUCAACUUUCAGCAGAACAAGUGGAGCCUGGAGAAGGAGACCCAGCUGAGCAACUCCAGGCAGGAGGAGACCUUGGAGAGGCUGAGGACGGCUCUGGACAGCUGCCAGAGCUGCAUGAAAAUGUCCUGCUGCAGCAGGGACCUGAAGAGGGAGGUGGACCUUCUUCGGGGCCUUGAGGUGAGCCCACCUGUGUCGGGGCUCCAGAAGGUGACCCUGCACAUCCUGAGCCUCUUGCUGUCCUGGCUGGAGGGAACAGAGCAGCUCCUCAGGGACCUCGGCCUCCAGCUUUCUGGCUCCAACAAAGGCUUCUCUUUGUAUCUCACAUGUCUUUUGAAACACUAUAAAAGAAUUAUGAGCCAGACCCAAGAACUCCAGGUCCAGAUCAACAGUUCUAAGGAAAUGCAACAGGCUGUGCUGCAGGAGACACUGAAGGAGCAUCUGGCGGAGAAAGAGAAGCUGAACAAGGAGAGGCUGGAGGUAGAGGAGAAGCUGAAAGUCAGGAUCAAGAGGCUGAUGGAAGAGAGGGAGGCUUUGGAGGACAGCAUUGCCCAAGAGAGAAACAAAGCCAAGGAGGAGAAGAAGAGGGUCUGUGAGCUGGAGGAGUGCCUGGCCCAGCAGAAGGAGGCUUUGGAAGACAACAUUGCUCAGGAGAAAGGCAGAGCCAAGGAGGCCUUAGAGGAGGCGCAGAGGAGGGUCCGAGAGCUGGAGAACCGCCUGACCCACCAGAAGGAGGUCUGGGAGAGCAGCAUGGCGCACGAGAAGAGGAAAGCGGAGGAAGUGCUAGAGGCAGAGAGGAGGAGAGCACAGGAUCUGGAGAACCACCUGACCCAGCAGAAGGAGAUCUCUGAGAACAGCAUCACCUACGAGCGGCACAAGGCGAAGGAGGCCUUAGACAAGGAGAGGCGGCGGGUACAAGACCUGGAGAACCGCUUGACCAAGCAGAGAGAGGAGAUCGAAUUAAAAGGGCAGAGAGAGGAUGAUUUAAAUAAUAAAUUAAAUGACGCAAUGACCCGGGUGGAGGAGACUCAGCACAUGAGGACGGCAGAAAGUCAGAAGGCAGAGAACCUCGCCCUGAAAUUAAAUGAAACGUUAGCAGAGCUGGAGACCGCCAAGACAAAAAUGAUCCUGAUGGAAGAGCAGAUAACGCUGCAACAGCAGGCAGUAAAGUCACUCCAGGACGAGCAGGAAUCACAGAAGCAUGGAUUUGAAGAGGAAAUCAUGCAAUAUAAGGAGCAAAUCAAGCAGCACUCCCAGACGAUCGUGAGUCUGGAGGAAAGGCUCCAGAAAGUGACCCAGCACCAUAAGAAAAUGGAAGGAAAGAUCGCAACUUUGAAGGACAGUGACCCAGUGGCAGGGCUGGGACGUGCCUGCUGCAUGAGGACUGUGAUGAUGUCCAUGUGUCCCUCUGGUUCAGCUCAAAAGGAGGAACUGCCAGUGAAGCCUCCAGCGGCCCCACCCUCGGACAGCAGUGCCAAAGAGAUGGCGUGCAACCACUUGAUAGACGACCUCCUGGCCGCACAGAGGGAGAUCCUGUCUCAGCAGGAGACCAUCAUGAGGUUAAGGCAGGACCUAAACGAAGCCCAUGGCCGGAUGACAGACUUGCGAGGGGAGCUGAGCGAGAACCAGAAGAUGGAGCUGGAACAGCAGGUGGCCCUGGUCCAGCAGCAGAGCAGCGAGCUGAAUUCACUCAAGAACAAGAUGGUGCAGAUGAGCAGUCACAUGGAGAAGAAGGACAGGGAGCUGAAGGCCCUCAAGGAGGCCCUUAGGACUUCCCAGGAGAAACACAAGCUCCAUCCAAGCCCUGAGAAGGAGCAGAAGCCGAGGACCCUGACCCAGAAGUGUGACAUUUCAGUGCAGAUAGACCCGGUCUACCUGGAUGUUUCCUCAAGCAACCAAGAGGAGCAAUCUUUCAGCAACCUGGGGGCCAGGUGCAGAGGGUGCCGGCAUGAGGAAGUCAUCCAGCGGCAGAGAAAGGCCUUGUCGGAACUCCGGCUUCGAAUCAAAGAACUGGAGAAGACCAGCUCUCAAAAUCCUAAGGACCACCUGAAGGAAUCACUCCUAGAAUUAAGGACUCUCAGAAUGGAAAAAAAUGUCCCAAAAAAAUUAUUGGACUCAAAACCCAAUUUGCCAAUUCUUUCAAGAAUAGAGAUCCAAGCGAAUGGCCUUACCAACUCAGGGUCCAGCUCCACCAUGGAGAAGUCAGGGAAAACGGACAUGGCUGAGGCCUUAGAGCUCAGUGAAAAACUGUACAUGGACAUGAGCCAAACGCUGGGAAGCCUGAUGAACAUCAAGGACAUGUCGGGCCGCAUGUCCAUGAAGCACCUCUCCCCCAAAGAGAGGGAGAAAGUCAACCAGCUGCGACAAAGGGACCUGGACCUGGUGUUUGAGAAGAUCACGCAGCUCAAGAGCCGGCUGAAGAGGAAAGAGGAGCUCCUGCAGGGGUACGAGCAGGACAUCGAGCAGCUCAGGCAGAGCAAAGUGUCCGUUCAGAUGUACCAGUCACAGGUGGCCAAGCUGGAGGACGACAUCUACAAACAGGCCGAGGAGAAGGCACUGCUGAAGGAGGCCCUGGAGCGCAUGGAGCAGCAGCUGCAGCAGGAGAAGAGCCUCAACAGGGCCACCAGGCAGCAGAAGUUUGGAUCCAAGAAAUCCACCCUAAAGAUGGACCAAGAAAAAGAGAUAAGGAGAGAAACACCCCCCAAAUCCAACCAGAGUCUUCUGUUUACUAAGUCUGGAGGAAGGAACUAAGAAGACUUCACCCCACCUGGCCUCCAGCAAUACCUCUGUGAGUCAUUUGACUCUUGCGUGUCAAAAUCCCAAAAUCCUAAGAGCUUCCUAAGACUUUAAAGAUUGUUACCCUAAUGUUGGCUUUCUAGACUGGUGGUAGAACAUAGUGUGUUCUUUGGAGCACGAGGGAGAGAGUUUCUCUUUUACAUACCUAUCACUGUAUAUGCACUCAAGUAUGUGAAGAGACUGUUUAUAAUCCAUGCACCUAGUCUGAUAGCUACAUUAUGUACUCUGCAUUUGGGUCAAGCUGUGUACCCAAACAUCACAUCCCCAAGAAGCCCCACGAGACCCCAGUGGAGAACACCUAAAACAACCUGUCCUGCAGCCCCAAGGUAGAGGGGAACCUAAGGACUCUGGGGCCAUGGUAUAGUGACUUUAUAUCUGAGUUCACUGUAUUAUAAUAAAUUUAGAAUGCCAAUCAGUUUUAUUGCUUCGGUAAUAAUGACUGAUGUCUACAGCACUCUGCAAUUUUCAAAACAUCUCUCUUUUAAUCCUCCCCUGAUCCCUGGGAGCUAAAUAGAAUUGUGUUCCCCAUUUUAUGAUGAGGAAAUUGAGGCCCAGGAAGGCUAACUGGCCUGCCUAAGAUCAUACAGCUAGGAGACUCAGCAGCUGGGAGUUGAGCACCAAUUUCUAGUUCUAUGUCCUACUAUCCAUUCUGCCACACCAAGUUGGCCCAGUCACUCCAGUCCCAGGCCUCAAGGACAAGGCAAGUGUUCAGUCACCAAAGAGCACACAGCCCAGGUGGACAUGCUCCCUUCCUGUGGGGCUUGGAAAGACCCUCAUGCCCUGCUUCUCCCAUACUCUCUCUCCUCUCACUACCUUUCUUCUCUGGUAGCGUAGAGCCAGAAGUCAUGAGUCCAGCUGAGUUUUUUUAUUUGAAAAAUCCACAAUAAAAAUAUUUUUAUAUGUU